AUGGUGCUACAAGAAACCAUUCAUAACAGCAAAAACUUCUUUCACAAAACUCUUGGAAACCUCAAGUCCUUCUUCUUUGGUGGAUACAAGAAAUUGCCCAAAACCCUUUCCUUCAAUCCCUUCUAUUGUGGGAGAGACCCGAAAUAUCACCAAACAGAUCAGUUCUACACUGAUUUUUAUGAUGACUGGGAGUCUACUCUAAAUAAGGCAAACAAGAGAGAUAGUGCUUCAAAAGAACCAACAAAGGAAGAUGAUGCAUGUAAUGGGAGCUUUCUGGAUUUUUCAAAGCAGAGUCCUAAGAAGAGCAAACAAGAAGGGGGAUUAAAGCAAAAGAAGCAGAUGGGAAGUUCUCAUCAUCUGGGAAAAAAAGAAGUUCAGUCAUCUUUGCUGAGCAUGAAUGGAGGAAGCUUAGCUAAAAGGAUGAAGGAAUUCGAAAUGGUGGAUACCAGUGAUGUAGAACAAGUGCUGGAUGUAGAAGAGGCACUUCAUUACUACUCUCGCCUCAAAAGUCCGGUAUACGUUGACAUUGUUGAUAAGUUCUUCUUGGAUAUGUACUCGGACUUCUCUGUUCCACCGGCGUCUAUCAACAUCAACAAUUCAAAGAGGAGACUUGGAUCACAGAGACUUGGCUCAAUUAGGUUGUAG